UAAUUUGGAAAGUAUAUUGUUAUUACAGACCAGUUCUAAAAUUAACUUUAAGCUUGCAGAAGCAUAGUGUGUUCUUAAGAUCAGAAAAAAAAUCAGUUUAAGUGAGUAUCUAGCAGAAGAAUUUCUACAGUAAAUGGAUUGUAUUUCAGACAGAAGUGACUGAUACUGGUUUGAAAGCUUGCUGCAAAUGAAAGUUGUGUAAAUGGGUUAGAACCAGGAAACUGGUAAGGCAGAGUCAGACUGUGUAGUUGCAGUAUUUCUGGAGCAUGAUAGGGUUUGGGUUUUUUUUUUUUUCUUCUUGAUUUAACAAGUUGAAAAUCUGCUGAAUAAUUCAUGAAGAGUGGAAGGGCUGAAUCUUCCUGGAAUGAUAUACAGUGUACGUACUGUGGCACAGGAGAAACUGCAAAGCUUUGUAUCGGUUGCUGCCGUUUCUGCUGCUGAUUGCAAGGUGCUGCUGCUUUUGGCAUUUUCACAGCUACAGAAUCUUCAGUCGUGCUCUGGUCUGCUAACAGCCAUCUGCUCCCUAUGGACCUACCUUCACUCACUACAAUCUGUGGGAUCUCUUGCCACCUACCUGCCUUGGACACUGCUAACUGCGUUUUCUGGACCUUGCAGCUUGCAUGACUGAAACCUGCUUGGAGUCUCUCAGCUUGUGCUUGGUGGGGGACACCUCCUGCAGCGGGAUCUGGCCCAGGCAAGGAUGGGAUUUACAAGGAGAAGUCAAAACUGAGCUGCAUUCAGCGAGAUGCCCAACGCCUCUUCCUGGAGUGCUACCUCGCCGCUGCUGCUGCUCUGGGAGGACUCCUCCGGGACCCGCAUCUUCCUGUCGCUGCUCUAUGCCGUCUUAGCCAUCUCAGGGACCUUAUCCAAUGUGAUGGUCAUCUACUUGGUCUUCUCCUUCAAGAAGCUGCAGACAACCAGCAAUGCCUUCAUUGUGAACGGCUGCGCUGCAGACCUCAGCGUGUGCGCCCUGUGGAUGCCCCAGGAGGCCGUGCUGGGGCUGCUGCCUCCCAACUCCUCCUCCCUUCGCUCGGCGGAGUACCGGCUGCUCCGAGGGGGGCUCCUCGGCCUCGGCCUCACCGUCUCCCUGGCCUCUCACCUGCUGGUGGCCUUCAACAGGUACGUGCUCAUCACCAAGCUGCCCAGCGUGUACCAGGCCCUCUACCAGCGGAGGCACACGGGCUGCAUGAUCGGGCUCUCCUGGGCCCUCGCCCUGCUCCUGGUCCCGAGUGCUUAUCAAACAGGAGGAAAGGCUCCUUUAAAAAUCUUAGGUCUUGUGGAGAGUCAGUGGAGAGUUCUGGGCAUUACUCUGUUGACCAGCAGUCAAUAA